AUGUCCACAUCCGCAAUCCAAGGCCCCGGCAUCCUCUUCGUCCGCUCUCGCAUCUCCCCCUCCGUCCACGACAUACUCUCCGAGCCCACCUUUCUCACCUGGUACGACAACGAGCACAUUCCCGAAGUAGUCUCUACAUCCGGCGUCGACUCUGCUUUCCGCUUCAUUGAUAUCCACAAGUCCUCACCUAUUGGCAACGAGCAAAAUACGAAGCCGUUCCUAGCAUGUUACCCCAUGGAAGAUUUGGCUUUUACGCUAGGUGACGAGUUCAAGAAAAUAGGGUUCAAGAGUAGUGCGCUACCCGGUAGUGGUGUGAUUUAUGAUUUGGCGGAUAUGGAUGUUAGUUACCUGGGUAUCGUGGGUAAGACACCGAAGAGAGAGGAGGGCGAAGGAGGUCGGCCGAAGUAUGUGAUCUCAUCGGGUAUCCGACCUGAGAAGCAGCCCGCAGAAGAACAAGUCACUGCGUUCUUCCAAAAGGUAUGUUUCCCCUGUAAAACACCCAGUGAGCAGUUUCAUGUGGGCUCAAUACUGAUGUCACUGCUCCAGCAAAUUUCUAUGCUUGAGAAGUCACCGCAGUACAUGCGCACACUACGCUUCAAACUCCUCUACGCGAGGACGAAUGCGCAGUCUCGUGCUCUGAAGGGCUUGCCGACGACAGAUGAACCGCAUCCCGAACCGUCGACGUGGAUGGCUAUGCAUGAGUUUGCGGGUGUACCUGACGAAACCUUUGUGAAGGCGCUGAAUGAUGGUGUGAGCAAGGCUGCUGAAGAGGAUGGUUGGGGCGAGACGGAAAUCGAGACGCUUGUUUGGAAACUAGAUCGUGUACAUGGAGAUGGGAAGUUCUUUGAGUAA